UGCGAGGAAGACGAAGGCGAGAGAGGAGGAGGAGGAGGAGGAGCGCCAGCGACAGCACCAGCACCCCGUGCGCUCUUUCUUUCUCCCCCAGCUCCGCACACUCGGAUCCAUCGCACAUGAUAACGCAAGCCGUGUGGUUUCUAGUACAGCACCGAAGAAGAAGACGCGUCGCUCGGGUUGUUGUUCCCCGUUGACGGACGUCAUGGACUCCUGGAUAAAGUUCAUCUUCAUGGUCGCCACCUUCUCCUGGGGAACGCGAGCCGAGUUUGACGGCAGGUGGCCGCGGCAGAUGGCGUCGUCCAACGGGCUGUGCCGCUACGGCGCCAGGGUGGACUGCUGCUGGGGAUGGACGCGCCGAUCUUGGGGUCACUGCCAGCCUCCCUUCGUCUUAACUCGCAGGCUAGUCGGGAUAAGAUGCCAGCCCCAAGCGCUUUGCCAGUCGGGUUGCAAGCACGGAGACUGCGUGGGGCCCAACAAGUGCAAAUGUCACCCGGGAUUCACGGGAAAGACUUGCAAUCAAGAUCUGAACGAGUGCGGUCUGAAGCCACGGCCUUGCAAACACAGGUGCAUGAACACCUACGGCAGCUACAAGUGCUACUGCCUCAACGGCUACAUGCUGAUGCCCGACGGCACCUGUGGAAACCUUCGCACUUGUGGCAUGGCCAACUGCCAGUAUGGCUGCGAGGUGCUGAAAGGAGAAGUCCGAUGUCAGUGUCCGUCUCCAGGGCUACAGCUGGCUCCGGAUGGCAGAACCUGCGUGGACGUGGAUGAGUGUGCGGCCGGGACCGCCGUGUGCCCCAGGUUCCGGAAGUGCAUCAACACCUUCGGCAGCUACAUCUGCAAGUGUCACGACGGGUUUGACCUGCAGUACAUCAACGGGAAAUACCAGUGCAUCGACGUGGAUGAGUGCUCCUUGGAGUUGGGUCGGUGUGGCGUCUACGCCACCUGCUUCAACACGCCGGGCUCGUACAAGUGCAAGUGCAAAGACGGCUACAGGGGGACGGGCCGCGACUGCAAACCCAUUCCCAAGGUGGUGAUAGACCCACCGAGGCCGGGGAAACUGCCCCCCGGCGACCACAACCACCUGCCCGACACAGACCAGAGGAGGUCCACCACCACGCUACGGCCGCCGGUCACCCACAGGAGGGUGUUCACCGUCGCCCCCAAAACGACGACUGUGCCCCCGAAGAGGACGACGACGACGACGAUAGCCCCUCGCAAGCCAUCAACUCCGACGCGGAAGCCCUUCGUCCCCACCAGGAGGCCGCCCCAACCGACCCGCAGGCCUUACGUCCCUCCGAGACCGGUGACCCCCACCAGACGAAGCCCGACGGCGACUCCGCCUCCGCCUCCGCGGGUGACCACAGUGGACAACAGCAUCCACAAGGACGUGACCAAGCAGCGAGGAGACGUGCACAUCCCGCGGGACCACGGCCGCAACACAGUGCUGGACUUUGACAUCGAGCUGGGCAACACGGCCGAUGAAGCCAAGGACGACGCCGAUUCGGGCUUCCUGAGCUGCUCUUUCGACGACGGCCUGUGCGGAUGGAUCCGAGACAAAGACGGCGACGUGCACUGGGAGACCACGCCGGACCCGGCAGGCGGUCGCUACCUCACCAUCCCCGAAGUGGGCAAGAAGAGGACGGGGCGGGGGGCGAGGCUGGUCCUCCCGCUGGCCCCGCCCUGGAACGAGGGCAACCUUUGCCUGUCGUUCCGCCACAAGCUGGCGGGCCACCACGUCGGCAUGCUGCAGGUGUUCGUGAAGAAGGGCGCCCGCUACAGCCCGGCCGUGUGGGGGAGGACGGGCGGCAACAGCUGGAGGCACACCCAGAUAACCUUGUGGGGGGCGGGCCUGGAGAGCGUGGUGCUGAAGGGCGAGCGGGGACGAGGGCGAAGCGGCGAGAUGGCGGUGGACGACGUCUCGCUAGCGAGGGGCUCCUGCACGGACGAUCGCGGCCCGACGAGUCUCUGAAGCGGCGGCUCGAGGGCGGAAUCGCGAAGAGAAAACAAUCGGAAGGUGGUCUGGAUGAGACGUGACCCCGCCCCCCACCCCCUGUUUGGACUCCUCUUCGCAUAUGGCGCCUCCUUGCGUCCGAUCCAGCGAACAGCAGCGGAUUGUGCUUCUCGAAAUGCAAAGACUGAACUGGACGCCAGCCUCGUCUGAGCCCGCGAGGUUCCCAUGGUAACGUCCGCUCGCAAACACCCCCCCCAGUCGCAUUUCUCUUCUUAUUCAUCUGAUCAAAUCGACAACACAUCAGCUCCACGAGAUGCAAAAAAGAAAAAAAUUCUUCACAAAAACAAACUUUGUCAUUGCACGUGGGGGGAAAAAAAAACCGCCGGGCGCAAAAUGCCGCAGUUGUUUUUUUUUGUUUUUUUUAUGGCAAAGUAAUGUUUUGGAAAGUUGAAAUUUGAUAAAAACAAGAGCAGAGUACAGUCAACCCUUGUUUAUAUUUUUGUGUUUGAGUCACACACAGUUGGUGAAAAUCUUCUAAUUUUACUCCUCCCAUAUCCUUAAAACACAUUUUAACCCAUUUAAAACACUCUUGAACUUAUUAAAAACACAUUUCAUGGAGUAUUCCUGAGCCCCUGCCUAGAAUUUGGAGACACUUGUAUAAAAUUAUUUUGAGUCAAAUAAUAUUUGUCACUCCAAGUUGGAGUUUACUCUGAAUUUGACACAAAAAAAGGACAAUCAAACAUUGUUAAUUUAAAUAAAAAUAUUCAACCGAGCCACAAAAUUUCACCGGACACAAGAUGGCUAGCUUGAUGCUAACACGGGAUGCGAAAUGCUACAGAUGUACUAAUGUAGAUUAGAUUUGAUGUUGCGGUGAUGAUAAUAAACCAUCAGAAAAAAAAAAUGUUUUUAUCGGGUGAAUUUCCAAUCCGAGGCUGUGCCGCCCGGCAUGUUGCAGCGCAGACUGGUACUACUGCGAAGGCGCGCAACUCUAAAAUGGGACCUGUCUGUAAACUGGAAAAAGCAAUUCAAAAUAUUUUUUUAAAAACACAAUUACUUCAAAAUCUGCGUUAUCUGCAGAGGCGGGAAACAUAAAACUGCGAUAUUGUGGCGGAUCGCGUUGCAGUGUUUUAAGAGAGAAGGGGGGGAAAAAAAACAUGAAAUAUUGCUGAAACGAUUUCAUGGUUUGUACGAGAAAAUGUAAAAUUACAAAAAUAAAUUUGACAUUUUAUGCUGAAGUUUUUUUUUUUUUUUUUCAGGAAAAAGUUGCUGGAUUACCAGAAUUGUUAUUUUUUUUAUAGGCAAAAAGUUUGAGUAUUGUUCCAAUGAGUCACAAUUUAGAUUAAAGUUGCCUUUUUAUGUGGGGUGGGCAAUUUAAGAGGAAAUAUUUUUUAAAGCAUUAAUAGUAUUUCACUAAGACUAAAUAUAUUUAACAUGGAGCAUUUUUUUUAUUUGGGGAGGAAAGUCAUAUUUUGUUGAGAAAAGUUAAAUAGAGAUUUAGCAAAAUUUAUGAAAAAAAAAUGGAUAUCGCAUGAUGAACACAAUUUUUGGGAAUUAAAAUACCGGAAGUAAUAUUGCGGGAAUAAAUCUAUAAUUUAUACAAAAAUAAAGAAAAAAAUUUGCUGGGGAAAAAAAAAAAAAAAAACCGAUCAAAAUAUCUCAAUUUCACAAGCAAAAAGUUGAGAUUGUAACGAGUAAUAAGAAUCCACAGAUGGUCAAAGUCAAUUUCUUCUUGAAUUACUUCAUGUAUUAUUCAAGUAUUCCAUUUUUUUCUCCAUGAAAUGACGUUAUGAAAAUUCCCUUUUUCCAUCCAAAUUUCACUCUCAUAAAAUGGCAACUUUUUUAUUCCCCCCGUGAUAUGAAAUGUGCGACUGGAUUUUCAUCAUGUUGUGGUCACACAAAAACUUACCAGCUUCAGUUUUUAAAUCUUUUUUUUUUUUUUUUUUUGUCCAUCGCUCAGUCAUGAGAUCAAGCCAUCGAUUUUAAAGUAUAUGCUUUAUUGUACAAUUAUCUAUCAAGUGCCGUUUGUUACAGCCAACUUUGAAGCCUUUUACAGAUUGUGUUCCUUUUAAUGUACAUACUCAAAUUUGUUGUGCGCUUUAGACAUAUAAAAAUGUAAAUCCGCCCGUGUUAAAGAAGGAAACUUCGAAAUGCUUGUGAUACUUUUUUUUUUUUUUU